UCUGAAAGGCAUCACACUACCAGCAUAGCAUUGGAUUUAUGCAGGAAUUAAAAUGGACUUGUGAGACUUCAAAAAUGGAGGGCCAUAUUUUCUCAAGGGCAGAGAGUUGAGGUAAGAGAUGUUCCACAGGUUAAAGGGCUACUGCUGAACAUCUUAACUAGCUCUGGCUUGUACAGAUGGAAACGGACUUUGUGCGGAAUAGAGUUGCAUGGCAGUAUUAGGUGUUGGCUCCAACAUGCCUCUGAACCGGGUCAAUACCGUAGAUACGGCACAUUCAGUGGAGUACUCUGUGGACUACUCUGUGGAGGUGCAGAGCGAUCCUGUUAGCAGAGCCAGGUGUGUGCCGUCCUGCUGCCAGUGCCUCCUACGAACAGUGGGCCACAGGUUCACACCAGAAUCACUGGAGCGCCUGUACCAAAACUACUUCCGCCGGCAGAGACAAGAGAACCUUCUGGUGCUGGUGAUGUUCGCCGUCCUUUACAACACCUUCAUCAUCAUUAUGUGCGCAGUGGUGUACACUGACGACAAACUGGCCAUGGUAGUGGUAGCAGCGGUGGCGCUUGCAGCCGACGUUACUCUGCUCGCCCUCUGCUGGAUGAGGAAACUGCCUACAUCAACGGUGUCACGCGGGGCCGUGCCUUACAUCCUGUGGCUGAUGGUCACCAUCCAUGUUUUGUGUUACACGGGUCUCAACUACGAGCUUCAUCACCAUGCCAGUGACUCUGUGGGCUGGCAGGCCUUCUUUAGUUUCUCCACUUUCCUGACGCUGCCGCUCAACCUGGUUCCCCUGCUCCUGCUGUCAGCUCUCUCCUCUGGGAUCCACAUCCUGGUUCUGGGUCUGACUGUGGCCCAGGGAGACGACUAUGUGGACGGACCCACACUGGUCAGACAGCUGUUAGCCAACAUGAUGCUGUACAUGUGCGCAGCAACAGUGGGCGUCAUGUCCUUCUACAUGGCAGACACCAAGUACAGGACAGCUUUUUUGGAGGCACGCCAGUCUCUGGAGGUCAAGCUCACACUGGAGGAUCAGAGCACCCAGCAGGAAGAACUUCUCCUCUCCAUCCUGCCCAAGCACAUCGCCGAUGAGAUGCUCCAGGGCAUGAAGAACCAGGCCAACCAGAGCGAGGUCCAGCGGCAGCAGCAGUUCAACACCAUGUACAUGUACCGCCACGAACACGUCAGUAUCCUGUUUGCAGAUAUUGUGGGCUUCACUCAGUUGUCAUCGACCUGUAGCGCACAGGAACUUGUGAAGCUGCUGAACGAGCUCUUUGCUCGCUUCGAUAAACUGGCGGAGCGACAUCACCAGCUACGAAUCAAAAUCCUGGGCGACUGCUACUACUGCAUCUGUGGUCUUCCAGACUUCAGGGAAGACCACGCCGCCUGCUCCAUCAUGAUGGGCCUCUCCAUGGUGGAGGCCAUCUCGUAUGUGCGAGAGAAGACAAAAACAGACGUGGACAUGCGAGUGGGUGUCCACACAGGAACCGUGCUUGGAGGAGUUUUGGGCCAAAAACGCUGGCAGUUCGACGUUUGGUCCACAGAUGUCACUGUAGCCAAUAAAAUGGAAUCUGGUGGAAUCCCUGGGAGAGUGCACAUAUCCCAGAGCACCAUGGAAAGUUUGCGUGGGGAGUUUGAGCUGGAGCCUGGGAACGGUGGCGAACGGUGCGAGUACCUGCUGGAGAAGGGCAUUGAUACCUACUUGGUUCGGGUGCCGGAGCAGAAAGUGAAGGAAGUUAAUGGCACCACGCUGCCAAAGAGAAGAUCUAACCAGCAGAUCAACACAACAGUGUCAAAUGGAAAUUCAUUUGAAGAGAGGAGCAGGAUCGCCGAGGAGCAACAUGUAAACAGACGGCUGCAGCGGGAACUUCUUGAAAGAGAAACAAAGCAAAUAAUGAAGGAUCAUGAGAUAAACCCCAUAUCUUUGCGUUUCGUGGAUGUGAAGUUGGAAGAGCACUACUCCUCAGAGAAGGAGAAGCGGAGUGGAGCGGCCUUCUGCUGCUGUGCCAUUGUGCUCUUCUUCAUCUCGGCCAUGGAGGUGUUCAUUGAUCCACUACUGGUCGUCAACUAUGUGACUCUGGUGAUCGGAGAGUUUCUGCUGUUGAUCCUCACCGUCUGCUCUCUGGCGGCCAUCUUCCCUCGGAGAUUUUCCAGACGUUUGGUGUCUUUCUCGAUGUGGAUUGAUCGCACGCGCUGGGCGAGGAACACCUGGGCCAUGGCUGCCAUAUUUGUUCUCACAAUGGCUGUGAUCGCAGACAUGCUGAGCUGCGUUCCACCAUCUCCUCCGCGCUUCAGCAACACAUCUGCUCUCUCACUGAUGCCACUGAAUGAAUGUGCUGAAAAUCCCAAACACUACAGCUUCAUGGCCGUGAUGUCACUCAUCGCCACUGCCAUGCUGAUCCAAGUCAGCCACCUGAUUAAACUGGGCCUGAUGGUGCUGGUCGUCACAGCGACCGGCGCCGUUAACAUCUACAGCUGGCGGCACAUCUACGACCAGUACGACAUGCUGCUGUACUCAAGCUACAGAUAUUCUACUGUACCGUCCAAGUACCUCGUGACCAUGAUGGUAAUCGUCAUGCUGAUCUGCUUCUACAUCUUUGCCCGCCAUCUGGAGCGACAGUCGAGGAAGCUGUUCCUCUGGAAGAUCGCAAUAAACGACCAGAAGGAGCGAGUGUUUGAGAUGAGGCGCUGGAAUGAAGCGCUGGUCACAAACAUGUUGCCAGAGCAUGUGGCCAAACACUUCCUGGGAGCUAAAAAGAGAGAUGAGGAGCUGUACAGCCAGUCCUAUGAUGAAAUAGGGGUGAUGUUCGCCUCCAUCCCCAACUUUUCUGAUUUCUACACUGAAGAAGGCAUCAACAACGGAGGCAUUGAAUGUCUUCGGAUUCUCAAUGAGAUUAUCUCUGAUUUUGACAGCUUAUUAGACAGAGACGAGUUCAGAUGCAUCACCAAGAUAAAGACGAUUGGCAGCACCUACAUGGCCGCAUCAGGCCUGACCCCAGAGAGCAGCACUAAUGGAUACAGCAGCCGCAAGCCAGAAGAGCAGUCGUUCAUGGAGCGAUGGCAGCACCUUGCUGACCUGGCAGAUUUUGCUCUGGCCAUGAAAGUGACCCUCAACAACCUUAACAAACAGUCUUUCAACAACUUCAUGCUCCGGAUCGGUAUUAAUAAAGGUGCAGUUCUUGCCGGUGUGAUCGGAGCUCGUAAACCUCACUAUGAUAUUUGGGGCAACACGGUCAAUGUUGCCAGUCGAAUGGAGUCCACUGGAGUGAUGGGCAACAUCCAGGUGGUGGAAAACUGCUACGUCAUCCUGAAGGAGUACGGUUUCCGUUUUGUUCGCAGGGGACCGAUCUACGUCAAAGGCAAAGGGGAGCUGUUGACUUACUUCAUGAAGGGGAAGGACAAGCCAGGAAGCAAAACCUGUGAUCCAUUAGCCACUGCCCUGCCACACCAAGUUGUGGUGGUCUCCUGAUAAUAUCACAAACAACAAAUGAACUGUAUUUCAGACACUCUGUAGAAAGACAAUACACUACACACAACUGUCACUGUUCAAGAAUUAGUCAACAACACGGGUCAAAGUGCAGUGCAAGAACUUCAUAUGUUUGUAAAUAAAGCUAUCUUAU